GUAGCCAACCUAUAAAUGGCACACGUGUGAAUUAUUUCGAGGAUAAGCAAUCGUCUUUCCCUGCCUCUCCCCUUUCCUUCGAUAUCCUUCGCAUUGCUCUGAGAGAAAAAAAAAAUGGCAGCCACCGCCGCUGCUAUCAGCUUCAAUCUUAUUGGCUCAUUCAAAGGUCUAUCUUUAUCUAAAAGCUCUUCCUCUUCCUUCUUCAAAGGCGAUACAGCCUCCUUCAAUCUGACCACUUCCAGAAACUCCGUCUCCUUGCCGUUAAAGACUCCGUUUCCAUUGACAAUUGAGAUGGCUCACAAGAAGGGAGCUGGGAGUACCAAGAACGGCCGUGAUUCAGUAGGCAAACGUCUCGGUGUCAAGAUUUAUGGCAACCAAGUCGCCAAACCUGGAUCAAUUAUUGUCCGGCAGCGCGGAACCAAGUUCCAUCCGGGGAAAAAUGUGGGGCUUGGCAAGGAUUACACCAUUUUCUCUUUGAUUGAUGGACUUGUAAAAUUCGAGAAGUUUGGACCUGACAGGCAGAAGAUAAGUGUUUAUCCACGAGAAAUUCAGCCUGAAAACCCUAAUAGCUUAAAAGUAAGGAUGAGAGAGUACUUUAAGAUGCGACGCGAACGUAAGAAAGCAAGGAAGGAAGCAAAGGAAGCAAGAAAGAAAGGCAUUGUUGUUGAGCCACAACUAGUACUUGCUUCUAAUGUUGAUGCUACAGAUGCUAAUGCUGUCUGUUGAUUCUGAAAGGAGGUCUAUUUUUUAGAAUAUUUUGCUUUACAAAAGCAAACCCUGCAAAUCUUGUUUAUUGAACGGCUUCUAUUUUAAAAUGCAUUCUAGAUUUGAUCAUGGUUGCUGUAUGAAAUAUGCUGAUUCUAACUUCUUUUGUGUAUGCUGAUCCGUUCUAUAUUUUCCUACUA